UCCAGUCACAGUUCACCGAUUGCUUUCCAACAAUUAACACAGCAAGGAGAAGCUCCUCUGCAGCAGUGCGAGAGAGUGGUAGUGUGUUAAGUGUUUCCUCCUCGAGAGAUUUAAAAAGACUUUGCAAGGCUAGUCCUCAGUUCAGUGUGGUGUCCGCCGAGAACCCCGGAAGAUAUCCAGCGAAAAAAAGAAGAUAAGCGUCUCUGCAUCGAGAAACAUGAAGCAGUUUGUAGUGUUGUGUGCCGUUUUGGCCGUAGCGGCCGCCGCGCCCCAGUCGGAAACCGAUGGAUUACUGUCCAGCGCGCUGAAAUUCGUCAAGGACUGCGGUGACAAGUCGAUGGUGCUAUGCGUCAAGGAACGUGCCCUGCAGUACGUGGAAGGUGUCCAGGGUGACAUCGAGAUCACCGAAGGCAUCAAGCUGGUCGAAACCGAGAAGCCCGCGGCCGGUGGUCGCUCGCUGAAUGAAGUCGACCUGCCAGCCGAGCCAGAAGCCCGCGAAUCCGAAAUCGACAGCCUCCUGGUCGAUCGUGCUGCCCGUUUCCUCGGAUCGCACACCCUGCAGUUCAAGGUUCCCAAGGACUCCAUCGAGGACAUGCAGCGCUCCCUGGACGAAGCCCGUGGCAAAAAGAAGAAGGUCAAGAAGCUGCUCCUCCCCCUGCUGCUGCUGUUCAAGCUGAAGGCCGCCGCCCUGCUCCCACUGGCCAUCGGUUUCCUGGCCCUGAUCGCCUUCAAGGCUCUGAUCGUCGGCAAGAUCGCCCUGAUCCUGUCCGCCAUCAUCGGACUGAAGAAGCUGUUCGACAAGAAGCCAGAGCAGAGCUACGAAGUGGUCGCCCACCCGCACUACUCGCACUCGACCUCCUUCGACGAUCACCACGGAUACGCCCGUUCCCUGGACGCCCAGAAUCUGGCCUAUUCCGCUCACACCCAGUAAGCCGGAGCGCCGCUUGCCAUAACAAGUUCUGUGUGUAGCGAGAAUUUGAGCCACCUACUCCCAGUGUCCCGAUAUUUCAACCCCCCACCCCCCAACCCAUCCAAAGCGAGUCCUUUGACGGCACACCCGCAGCUCCUCUUUGACCCAGCCGCAAUCCUCCAGAAGGAACCACACACACAUACACACACACAAUCACAAAACACACACUCACAUAGUUAAGUAGGUUACAAUUCGAUGCGGUUAUCCCAAUGGAUCCCAAGGAAAAAAGCGCUCAAAGAGACAACCCUCGCCGGACGGCCUUAGCCCCCCGGGCGAAAGGGUGUGUUGCAUGCUCAAACUCACACUACCCCCACAACCCCUUCGGAAACCCCACCCACGCUAACAUGACCACUCUCUUAGAUUAAUUUAAUUUAUUUGCGAUGAUGCGAUGAUGAGAUGCGGCAGUUGACGACUUAUGAAGCAGAAGACGAAAAACGCGUAUUUAAUAAUUUAUUUUUGCUCGAGAAUAUUUAUUUAGAGAUUAUUUGUUUUUAGGUAGUAAUUUUCCCCUUUUUCUCGAACCAACAAACCUCAACAACUACUGUCAACUCGUCUAACCUCUAUCGCUCUGUGUGACUCUAGCUCUUUCUUCUCAAGUGCCUUCUAACUCUAAAAAAAAAAACACUGUAAUACCAAAUAAUGCUCACACACGAUCACGAUCAAGAUUAGAUUGAAUUCCAGACGAUUCUCGGUCAUCCGAACCGGGAAUCCGCCGCCAACUAAACGUACUCGUGAAACCUAAAAGUUUAUAUUAAACUGUAGUAGCGACUUCUGUUACGCAAAAAUUAGUUCUCUCUUACUCUUAAAUCUCUCUUUUAAGGAGCGGGGCUUGCCACCUGCUCCGGAACUCUAUGCCAAAACACUCGUACUCAAGAUAGCAUCUAACUCUUCUCUACCUCGGAUCUCCUCUUAGAGCGCGUUCCCCCCUUGGGCGUGGCAUUUUUCUCUCAAUUUCUCCAUUUUUAAAACUUCAAAUAACUGAAUUCCUCAUUCUAGCAUUCUAGUUCUCUGCGUGUAUUCUAUUUUGUAUCUUUCUCUGAUCUUUUUGAACUAGCGUAUUUCUAGCGCUCCCAACUGUUUUCCUUUUUCGAUUCUUAUCUCCUUUAUUUUUCAUUUCGUACUUCGGGAGACGCGCCCCUCUUCUACCGGAAAGCUUACAGAAUCUUAAAAACAAAUAUCUACACUGAUCAAAAAUGUCAAUCCGUUUUGUAGGAAUGAUCUGUUCUGUUAUUUAUUGUUUAAAUUAUUGAAAGAAGAAAAAAACCACCCAACAGUGAAAAAAUCAAAAGAAAUAAAAUAAACAAAAUGAAAAGUGAAAAUAUUAAA